AUUUAUAAAUGAUUACAAAGGCUUUGGAAUUUUUACAACAACAGAAAUAAGCAAAGGUGAAUUUGUUGCUGUUUACCAAGGAGUCUUAAAAAAAAAGAAUGAAAUGAAAGAGCUUGAAGAAAUUUAUGAAAAUGAAGGCUUUGGGUCGUAUGUAUUUAGUUUCAAACACAACAAUGAAGCAUAUUGUAUUGAUGCAACCAAAGAUGAUGGUUCUUUUGGUAGGCUAGUUAAUGAUUCUAAAUACUUUCCUAACUGUAAAAUGGAAAAGUUAACCAUAAAGAAUAUCCCAUUUCUUUGUCUUUUCUCAAUAAGAAAAAUAGAAAAAUUUGAAGAAAUUACCUAUUGUUACGGUGAAAAUAACCUUGACUGGCACGCAGCUGAAAAGAUAUUGUACCAGAAGUUUAGAGAAGAAAAAAGAAAAAGUUAGUUUGAAAAAUUAGUUUUUAGAAUGUGUAUCAUUUAAGAAAACUUAUUUUUAUUUUUUUACAACUACAAAAUUCAAAUUUCUUAUUCUCUUAAAUAAGAUUAAAUCGAAUAAAAAUUUGAAAAAACUUAACUAUAGUUUAAACAAUAAAUUAUGAGGAAAUUUUCAUCAUGAUGUAUUUUGGCUGCCAAUGUAAAUUUUU